AUGACGGACCUUUCAGAGACUCAGCAACCUCCUCGAACCAAUGUCGUCCUCAUGGCCGCCAAUGCUGUUUUGCUAGCAGAAAACCAACGGAUGGCCGAGCUGUUAGCAGCAAUGCAGAACAAUGGCAGAAGGAAGAAUGAGAACAAGAAGGCAAAUGCCGAGCAACACGAAGAACAUCAGUCAGAGUCCAAUGCAAAGACAGGGGAAACACACCUCAAAACAGGAAGACGACAAACCAAUUUUUUUUUCGAAAAAAUAAUGAAUUUCAAAAUGCCUAAGAAUUUUACACUCCCCAUGACUUUGGCACCAGACAAGGGGAUCGGAGAUCCUAAAGUCCAUGUCACAAAAUUUGAAUCUAUGAUGUUUCUUAAUAGGGACUCCGAUCCCAUUUUGUGCCGAUAUUUUCCAACUUUUUUAGAUGGAGCUACUCUAUUAUGGUUUUCUAACUUACCUGCAGGUUCCAUAACCAGUUUUGAUGAGUUCGCCAAGUUGUUCAUAAAUCACUUUGCAACAUCCAAAAUUUAUGUGGGAGACUUAGACUACCUUAGCACAAUCAGGCAAGGACAGCACGAAAGUCUAAAAGACUACAUGACACGCUUCACAACAGUAGCCAUGGAGAUCCCUGACCUCAAUCCAGAAGUGCAAUUACACGCUAUCAAGAGUGGUCUCCGACCUGGAAAGUUUCAGGAAGCUAUCAUUGUCACAAAGUCGAAAAUAUUGGAAGAAUUCUGGGACAAAGCAACUGGACAAAUCAAAAUAGAGGAGCUACACGAAACCCGAAGGAAUGUGAGGCCACCAUUCAGGAAGGAAGAGGACAAGCCUUACAGGUCCCAGAAUAAGGACUCUAAAAAACCUUUUAAGUUAGCUCCGAAGUUUAAUUCAUAUACCAGAUUCAAUACCAAAAGAGAGGAUAUCAUCAAGGAGAUACUACACAACAAACUAAUAAAGCCACCAAGCAGAGCCGGUUCAUACCAAGACCAGAGGCAUGUCGAUAAGUCAAAACACUACGCCUUCCACAAAAAAUUUGGCCACACAACCGACGAGAGCGUAAUCGCCAAGGACCUACUGAAGAGAUUGGCCAGGCAAGGCCACCUGGACAAGUUCAUAAGUGGACAAAUACAACAAAAUCAAUGA